UUCCAUUUCUCCUCUUUAACCUCUGACAUCGCAUCCCAUCUUCAACCCUCAGUUGUCGGCCCUCGUUUCGCGUUCCAGUCGUUCCUCAGUGGAACAGCAUUCCGGAACAGCCCCAACUCAAGCUCGACCUUCUGUUCAUCUGACAUCUGCUCCGCUCCGCUUCACCCGGCCUCCUGUUGACUCCCCGGUCCAUUUCACUGCUCUCUCUCUUUCCUUCUCUGCUUUGAGCCGUUGGACACGUCAACGGCUGCAGGAGAGACGAGCAAAACACGGAGUAAGACAACAAUAAGUCAUGUCUCUUUUUCUUGAAAACAAUUAACCCAAACUCCCCAUCAACUUUAUCAUUUUUAUCAACUCGACAUCCUUCUUACUUGCUUUCCCGCGCACACGUCGUCAACCCUAUCCUGCCGAAGCUUCCUUCACCGGCAUCUCCUUGUUCCACUUAAACUAAACGGCCAUUCCGGCUACCAACCUGCAAUUGCCUUUAUUACGACAACUUCCCACAUCUGACCAUCCACUGAUUCUACCGCCAUUCCACAUUCUCUCCCCCUCCUGCUCAUCUACGUACCGGGCUGCGAGGGCCCAUCGUUUGCCGACUCUACCCCUACCCUGAACUCACAGCACUCGUGCAUCCUCAGCAACGCCUUUCUUGCCUGCCUGCCUGCCCGCAAGCACUGCCCCUCAUUCCAGAGAAAGCAUAUCCCGGGCAGCCCGCCGAUAAGACCGAUAGCGGUCAGAAGCACAACUGAGGGGCAUCGCUGCACCCACCACCUAUCCAGAGCCAGUCGCAGUCAUGGGUUUGGUCCAUGUGCCAGGAAGACGCUCCAGAGCGUCCAGCCUCACCAGCAACCGGUCGAGCGUAGACGAGGCCAGGGGAGCCGCCGCUGCCGAAGAUGAUGAUACCCUUGUGGUCGAGCCCGACCAGGGCAACGUGCUUGGGCAUAUUAUCUCCCAGCUGCGGCCCGGAGCCGAUUUGAGUCGCGUCGUCCUGCCGACUUUCAUUCUGGAGCCCCGUAGCAUGCUCGAGAGAAUUACCAACUUCAUGUGCCACCCCGAAAUGCUCCUCCCGAUACCCGAGAUUGACGAUCCUGUCCUGCGGUUCGUUUCCGUUGUCAAGUUCUACCUGAGUGGAUGGCAUAUUAGACCUCCGGGGGUGAAGAAGCCACUCAACCCAAUCCUCGGCGAGAUAUUCACCUGUUACUGGGACUUGCCCGACAACACGAAAGCCUACUAUGUCUCCGAGCAAACGUCGCAUCACCCGCCCAAAUCGAGCUACUUUUACAUGGUCCCCGAACACCACAUCCGCGUCGAUGGCACCCUCAAGCCCAGGAGCAAGUUUCUGGGGAACUCAGCCGCAAGCAUGAUGGAAGGCACCGCGGUUUUGUCUCUGCUCAACAGGGGCAAGGACAAGAUGAAGGGCGAGCGAUACAUCCUAACACAGCCCAACAUGUACGCUCGAGGCAUUCUCUUCGGAAAGAUGAAGUAUGAGUUGGGAGACCAUAGCUUCGUGCGCUGCCCGGAACUAGAUCUGGUCGCCGACAUUGAGUUCAAGACCAAGGGCUGGGUCAGUGGCACUUACAACGCGAUUGGCGGAUUCAUCAAACACGAGAGUACCGGUGAGGUCCUGUACGAGCUGUCAGGGCUCUGGAGCGAGGAGAUGUAUGUCAAAGAUGUCAAGACCGGGCACAAGGAAAUGUUCUUCAAUGCGAGAAGGUCAAAACCUAGCAACCCUCUGGUCCGGCCGAUUGAGGAGCAGGACGAGCGUGAGUCUCAGAAGCUUUGGUUUGCGACAGCCCAGGCAGUGAAGGACCGCAACCAUGAACUCGCAACGGACGAGAAGACCAAGGUCGAAGAUAGGCAACGUGAGGAGCGGGAAAUCAGAGCACGUGAAGGCGUCGAAUGGCAACCCAGGCUCUUUCGGAGCGUCCAGGGUGGGCCUGGUGCUCCUGAAGCAGAAGAGGAAGAACUGGAAUGGAUCAUCAAUGCCAAGAUUGACAGCAGCAACCCGCAAAAGCAAACCGAGCAGAUCCUGGCCAUCUACCCCAUUCUUCCAGGACAGAAACCAUUCGCGACGGGGGCCAUUCCUCCUCAUAAGCCCUCGGUCGCUGAGGCUCCUGUGGAACAAGCUCUAGCUGGAAAAUCCUCAGUCGUCCAGCAGCAAGUUGGCGGGAACGACUUGAUCGACUUUGGCGAUGCUCAGGCCACUACUCCUUCCGCGUCUACCUUCUCCGCGCCGGCCGAUACCCCCCCGGCCGCGCAAGCAUCGCGGAGCGGCUCCGGGGACAUCCAGAGCAUGCUCAAUAAGACGGGAUCGCAGCCUGCCGAUGGCCCAUUGAUGGACUUCACCACAGACAUGAAGAAAAACGUCCCACCACUGAAGAGGGCUGACACCAGUCAGGACAGCUUCCACGACGCUCUCGAGUCAAACUAAACUAGAUCGAGCUUCAAUCAAGGGGGUUUCCCCGUCUGGCGGACGUGUCACAUCCACUUUCAUUCAUCAUGGGAGGAAACCUCUGGCUAAAGAGAAGGGGUCGCGGGGGCAUGACACGAAUUUAGUGCACUGGCGAAAAUUGGGAUUUUGGUAGAAAAGGGAUACCUCUGUAGAUACGUGUAGCAUUGUUUACGGACUAGCAAUAUUGGCAUUCAACUGCGAUA